UCCCUGGUGAUACAACUCCAUUUGCCUACCGCUGCCUCUGCAGCAGCACUUCCGCUCUGCAAGAGGGGAGAGACACGAGUCUAAGAAGCAGACACAAAGAGAGGUUUGCUUUAUCUUUUUCUGGUCGGUAUGUCGGAUGACGAUUCGAGGGCCAGCACAAGCUCGUCUUCAUCCUCGACCUCAAAUCAACACCAACGGGAGAAAGAAACUGUCACGAAGAAAAAGGAAAGUAAAGUCAGCAUGAGCAAAACCUCCAAACUGCUCUCUACCAGCGCAAAGAGAAUCCAGAAGGAGUUGGCUGAUAUCACAUUGGACCCGCCGCCCAACUGCAGUGCUGGUCCUAAGGGAGAUAACAUCUAUGAAUGGAGGUCGACAAUCCUGGGACCCCCUGGGUCAGUGUAUGAGGGAGGCGUCUUCUUCCUGGACAUCACAUUCACACCUGACUACCCUUUCAAACCACCCAAGGUGACCUUCCGGACAAGAAUUUACCACUGUAAUAUUAACAGCCAGGGAGUGAUCUGCCUGGAUAUCCUAAAAGACAACUGGAGCCCAGCACUGACAAUCGCCAAGGUUCUGUUAUCUAUCUGCUCGCUCCUUACAGACUGUAACCCUGCUGAUCCUCUCGUUGGAAGCAUUGCUACUCAAUACAUGACCAACAGAGCAGAACAUGACCGAAUAGCCAGACAGUGGACCAAGAGAUAUGCCACAUAAUUUAUAGCGUUCUGUGUUAUUGUAAUGAAUGGGGCUGGUUGGAUUUU